CAAAACUUUUCUAAAUCUAAUUUUUCUUAAGAGCGGCAAUCACCUACUUUUCGCUACAAACCCAUUUCAAUGGACUUCUCUUCUAUAGAUGCGAAAACCACCUGUAUGUAUGUAAUGUAAUGUAACCAAGUCCCACGAUCCUUAACGUACACCCAUCUCAUUGUCUCCUGAGAUCCCAUUUCUCUUCUUAAUUAUUAAUUAAAAUAAUCCACUCAAUGCCCAUUAUGUUUCCUAUAUUUGAUUUGCGGCAUUUGUGAAUUAAAAUUAAAAUCAGCCAUUGAAGAUCUUCCUUGCUAUCUCUGAAAUAUGAAGAUUGAUCGUUUGGGUUUGGUUAUUUCGCUUGUUCUUUGCUUUUUGGCAUCUGGGUCCCUUUCCAUUGACAGUUUUCACCAGGCUUUUCCAAUUAUUGAACCUGAUCCUGGUCACACGAAGCUUCGCCUUGCAAGCGAUGGCUUGGAAGCCAUCAGAAGAAUAACAACACCAAUUGCAGCUGUUGCUGUGAUUGGUCCGUAUCGCUCUGGAAAAUCUUUUUUGCUUAAUCAGCUUCUUUCACUUUCUUGUUAUGAAGGUUUUGGAGUUGGACAUAUGCGUGACACAAAGACGAAAGGGAUUUGGGUUUGGGGAACCCCACUAGAAGUGGAUAUUGAUGGAGUUAAAACUUCUGUGUUUUACCUUGACACGGAGGGAUUUGAAAGUAUUGGGAAGUCGAAUGUCUAUGAUGAUCGAAUUUUCGCUCUGGCAACCGUUUUGAGCUCUGUUCUUAUAUAUAAUCUGCCUGAGACGAUCAGAGAAGCUGACAUAUCCCGCCUGUCAUUUGCAGUCGAGCUGGCCGAAGAAUUCUAUGGAAGGUUUGCACUUUUUUUCCUUUCCUGAAUUGAGUAUCUUCUGUUUUAUGGGUUGGCUGACGACUAUGUCGGGGGAAAUAGAGUUAAGGGUCAAGAGGUUGCUUUUGAGCCUGCAAAGUUACUGUGGCUUAUCCAACGUGAUUUCUUACAAGGGAAAUCGGUGCAAGAAAUGGUGAAUGAAGCCCUUCAACAUGUCCCAAAUAAGGAAGGGAACAAGAAUAUUGAUCAGGUUAACCAGAUUCGAGAUUCACUCGCUAUUAUGGGUGAUAACAGCACAGCAUUUAGCUUGCCACAACCUCAUCUCCAGCGAACAAAGCUUUGCGACAUGAAGGAUGGUGAGCUUGAUUCAUUAUAUGUUCAAAGAAGGGAGCAGUUGAAGGAUGUAGUUGCUAGCAUUAUUCGCCCUAAGCUUGUGCAAGGAAAACUUCUUAAUGGACAAGAAUUUGUAUCUUUCUUGGAGCAGAUACUUGAAGCCUUGAAUAAGGGAGAAAUUCCAUCAACAGGCUCUCUUGUGGAGGUUUUUAAUAAGGGUAUUCUGGAGCGUUGUUUGAAGCUGUACAGUGAAAAAAUGGCAAAAUUAGGUUUGCCGCUAUCAGAGCAAUCUCUGCAAGAUGCCCAUGAAAGUUCUAGAGAGAAAGCAAUGGAAUCUUUCAAUGAACAGCAUUUUGGCCGUCAUCAUGCAAAGAAAUCUGUCAUGCAACUGGAUGAGGAGAUAGCUAAGGCUUAUAAAAAUAUCAUACUGGCGAAUGAAUAUCGAUCAGCAAAACUAUGUGAGGCCCUGUAUACUACAUGUGAAGACAAAAUGGACCAGCUUCAAGUUCUGAGACUUCCUUCCAUGGCAAAAUUCAAUGCUGGCUUUCUGCAAUGCAACCAAAGCUUUGAGCAGGAGUGUGUUGGACCUUCAAAGGAUAAUUAUAAGCAACGCAUGUUGAAGAUGAUGGUGAAGUCGAAAUCUCUUUUUAUAAAGGAAUAUAAUCACCGACUCUUCAAUUGGUUGGUGGUCUUUGCGCUUGUGAUGGUGGUAGUAGGCCGGUUUAUUAUAAAGUUUAUUUUGAUAGAAAUUGGCGCGUGGAUACUUUUUAUCUUUCUGGAGACAUACACGAGGAUGUUUUGGUCAGCAGAAUCUCUGUAUUACAAUCCAGUUUGGCAUUUCAUUGUGGCAACUUGGGAAACCAUUGUUUACAGUCCUGUUCUUGAUUUGGACAGAUGGGCGAUUCCAAUUUUACUUAUGGCGGCGGUAUUGGUAGUUUAUUGGCGUUGUUUUGGCAAAAGGAAACACGGAUCACGGUGGUUGUUACCGGUAUACAGCAACCAAAAAGCCGGUUCAAAUAGGGCUAGAUCGGACUAAACUUUACGACUGUAAUGCCUUGAAACAUUUAGCAUAACCUUUGGUUGAAUCAUCCUGGGUGAGCUUUCUUAUGUUUUUGUUUAUGAUUAUGAUAUGAAGGCCCCCCAUUCUUUUAUGGUUGCUCUGUGAAAAUAUAUGGAGAUGAUGAGGAAAAGGAUGAGAUGAUUUGGUCCGGCAACACAGAUACUCUUUGUAACUUUAGCAUUUCCUGAUUGUUUAUAUCAAUGUAAUCUUUUGAUUAUUUAAACAAAAAAUGUCAUGCUUCACAGGUUUAGAUUUUACAAAAAGAUGACAGCAACUACAGAUCUUAUUAACAUUGAAAUUAUUCAUUCAAUUAAGAUUAUAUUAUUAUUAGCA